UGUGUCUGCCCGGCGUUCGCGGCGCCUUCUUGUGCGUCCUGUCGACCAUGCUGACGACGAGUGCGUGCGGAUGAACGACGCGAGUCUGCACAGCAGCUGGCCUCUUGCUCCAAACCUGCUGUUCUUACGUGUGCCCGGGCUGCGAGCCUUGCAGUGCUCUCCUUUUGUUCGCGUAGAGGGCGGCUUUGGACCCGCAACUUCAUCAUCCCUCGUGGACGCACAGAGCCGCAUAGCAGUUCCUAAUUUUUAACAAGCGCGAAUGCUUAAGCCCACGAUUAGCAUGAUCGGCCACCUCGCAGACCCGGACGGAUGCUCUAGACUCCGAAGCUUGGUUUUCAGGUCACCUCAGACCGCGCUCGUUUCAGAGUCGCUCAGCACGGCGUCUCAAGUCCCCUGUUCCGCGACCGGCCACAGUACCAACCACUGCCAAAAGGUCCUGGUCCCAUUUACACCAACGUUUUUGUGCUGGACUUCCAGUGCGGGCUCACCACUCUCCGGCACGGGAAGCUGGCAAAGAUGGCGUCCAUGGUCUUGUGUGGAAACAAUUGCGCCCAAACAGGGGCUUCGGCAUGUACACUUGCCUUCGACGACUUACGAGACUUGGAUGUCUCAGAUCUCUCAUCGACGUGGAAUAUAAGCACCCUCUGUCCCCUUCGAGAUGUAGUUUCGUUGUCAUCGCUCAAAGGUUGUUUCUUCAUCGCUGGCGGAUACCCUUUCCUUCUCUAUACUACAUAUUCCUUUGCCUUCACUCCUUAGCUGGCUAACCUGAUCACCGUCCCUGGUUGGACUUCCAUCGGUUUUACAGUUUAUUACAGUCGAUCAUUCAACGCUAAAGUUUUUUUUUUAAAAAAAAAAUUUUUUGCCUUCUAGUCGCCAUGCCUGGAAUUGCCCAGUUAUGCACGCUCGCCCUGGCUUUGGGCUCAGUGGUAGUCGAGGCUGUGCCAAAAUUCAACAACGCCCGCCCACGAACGAUUGAGAUCAGGGCCCCGAAGCCCAUUUUCGCAAGGCAGGCCUCUGCUACGACAACUACGUCGGCCGCUGCUUCGGCUACUUCUUCUGCCACUUCCUCGGCUUCGUCUUCUUCCUCCCAGAACCUGACCGACAUCGACAUUCUCCAGUUUGCCCUGACGCUUGAGCAUCUUGAGUCUACUUUCUAUUCGCAGGGCUUCGCCAAGUUCCCGGACAGCGAUUUCAUGGCUCUGGGCCUUACUUCUGCUCAGGUCAGCGCUCUGAAGACCGUCGGUGGCACUGAAGCCACCCACGUUACCCAGCUACAGGCUGCCAUCUCUGCUGCGGGCUCUCAACCGGUGCAGCCAUGCCAGUACAACUUUGGUUUCACUGACGCAAAGUCGAUGGUUGCAACCGCUCGCGUCCUGGAGGCUGUCGGUAUUUCCGCUUAUCUUGGUGCUGCCCCUCUUGUGUCUAGCAAGGCAGUCCUGGGUGCUGCCGCCUCAAUCGUCACAAUCGAGGCUCGUCACCAGACUUUCAUCCGCUCUGCAGGUGGCGAUGUACCCGUUCCAAAUGCUUUUGACUCGGCGCUUGGCCCAAGAGCUGUUUUCACCCUUGCGGCACCAUUCAUCUCCUCCUGCCCAACAGGUAGCAAUCUUGCUAUCCAAGCAUUCCCAUCCAUUGCACUUGCCGGUGGUGGAGCCGGAAUCACUGGUGGCCAGAGCCUUGUUCUCGCUGAUCCCUCCCAACCCGCAGGUGCCAGCUUCUGCGCCUUCGUCGAUGUCAGCCAGACCCAGUAUUCCCAGAUCUCCGGUGGUUCCUGCACAGUUCCGGCCAACCUGACUGGAGAGGUUUACAUGAUGGUCACGAAGAGUCAGAGCAUUGCUGAUUCCGAAGUUCUUGCUGGGCCGUCUGUCAUCCUGUCUAGUUAAAUGAAUCGAGUAUUUUUCCUUUUCGUCACAGCAUCUGGGCCUUGGCACGUUGCAGCGUUGAUGAGCGGCGAGGGAAAAACCGAAAGUUUGCGGGAUUGUAAAGGAGAUAUUCAGCUUCAGCGAUGAAUACGAGUACCUCGACAACGAUUAUUUUUGACCGACCGCUCGCUCGCAACGGAGUCCAGAGAAAAUGGCCAAAGCUUCUUUUGAUUUCUCUUCAACCACGAGAGCUUAUGCCGUGGAAUGCAUUUGAGCGAAGAUGAAAAGCAUGCGACCUGUGUAUAAAGGCAUGUUAUUGUUAAUGGCUAGAUAUCCAACAUCCAUCGAUAUUUGCAGGCA